AUGCUCGCAACACGCUCUCCGUACGCUCUUGUUUUGAAGUCCUGCACAAUAAAACUCUCACUCGCCCUACACCUUCCUCAGACACACGACUCUCACUCGCCCAACACUUGCCUCCAACUCCCGACUGUCACUCGCCCAACACUUGCCUCCAACUCCCGACUGUCACUCGCCCAACACUUGCCUCCAACUCCCGACUCUCCCAACACUUGCCUCCAACUCCCGACUGUCACCCGCCCAACACUUGCCUCCAACUCCCGACUGUCACUCGCCCAACACUUGCCUUCAACUCCCGACUCUCCCAACACUUGCCUCCAACUCCCGACUGUCACCCGCCCAACACUUGCCUCCAACUCCCGACUGUCACUCGGCCAACACUUGCCUCCAACUCCCGACUCUCCCAACACUUGCCUCCAACUCCCGACUGUCACCCGCCCAACACUUGCCUCCAACUCCCGACUGUCACUCGGCCAACACUUGCCUCCAACUCCCGACUCUCCCAACACUUGCCUCCAACUCCCGACUGUCACCCGCCCAACACUUGCCUCCAACUCCCGACUGUCACUCGCCCAACACUUGCCUCCAACUCCCGACUCUCCCAACACUUGCCUCCAACUCCCGACUGUCACCCGCCCAACACUUGCCUCCAACUCCCGACUCUCCCAACACUUGCCUCCAACUCCCGACUAUCACUCGCCCAAAACUUGCCUCCAACUCCCGAAUCUCAAUCGCCCAACACUUGCCUCCAGCUCCCGACUCUCACUCGCCCAAAACCUGCCCCCAACUCUUACUCGCCCAAAACCUGCAACCAACUCCCGACUCUCACGCGCCCAACACUUGCCUCCAACUCCCGACUCUCACUCGCCCAACACUUGCCUCCAAAUCUCCGACUCUCACUCGCCCAACUUUCGCCUCCAAAUCCCCGACUCUCACUCGCCCAAAACCUGCCCCCAACUCCCGACUCUCACUCGCCCAACACUUGCCUCCAACUCCCGACUCUCACUCGCCCAACACUUGCCUCCAAAUCACCGACUCUCACUCGCCCAACAUUCGCCUCCAAAUCCCCGACUCUCACUCGCCCAAAACCUGCCCCCAACUCCCGACUCUCACUCGCCCAACACCUGCCUCCAACUCCCGACUCUCACUCGCCCAACACUUGCCUCCAAAUCUCCGACUCUCACUCGCCCAAAACCUGCCCCAAACUCCCGACUCUCACUCGCCCAACACUUGCCUCCAUCUCCCGACUGUCAUUCGCCCAACACUUGCCUCCAAAUCCCCGACUCUCACUCACCCAAACUUGCCUCCAAAUCCCGGACUCUCACUCGCCCAACACUUGUCUCCAAUCCCCGACUCUCACUCGCCCAACACUUGCCUCCAACACCCGACACUGACUCGCCUCAGGCGCCUUUCACUCAUCAUGCGCUUUCCCCAGUCUCCAUACUCACUCGCCCUGCACUCGCCUUCGGUUCCUAA